AUGGAGAGGUCCCUGGAGUUGGGCAACGUGACGAAGGUCCAGGAAUUCAUCUUGCUGGGCUUGUCCACGAGCCCAGAAGCAAGGGAAGUCCUGUUUGUCCUCUUCCUGACCCUCUACCUGCUGACCCUCCUGGAGAACGCCCUCAUCGUCUUCCUCGUCUGCAGCCACGCUGAGCUCCACAAGCCCAUGUACUUCUUCCUGGGCAACCUGAGCUGCCUGGAGAUGUGCUACGUGUCGGUGACCAUGCCCAGCCUGCUCGCGGGGCUGUGGACGGGACCCUACCACGUGCCCUUCACAGCCUGCAUGACCCAACUCUUCUUCUUCAUCGUCCUCAUCUGCACAGAGUGCGCCCUCCUGGCCUCCAUGGCCUGUGACCGCUACGUGGCCAUCUGCCGCCCACUGCACUACCCGCUGCUCAUGCGGCUCCAGGUCUGCCUGGGCUUGGCUGGGACUUCGUGGCUUGGUGGGCUGCUGGUCUCAGCAGUCAAGACAGCGUGCAUCGCCAGCCUGUCCUACUGCGGCCCCAAUGUCGUCAACCAUUUCUUCUGUGAUGUCUCCCCACUACUCAACCUGUCCUGCACCCACGUGGCCCUGACUGAGCUGGUAGACUUCCUCUCUGCCAUCGUCAUCCUCUGGGGCUCCCUCCUGGUGGCCAUAGCCUCCUAUGUGGCCAUUGGCAGGGCCGUGCUCCACAUGCCAUCAGCAGCUGCCCAGGGCAAGGCCUUGUCCACCUGCGCCUCCCACCUGGUGGUGGUGGGCAUCUUCUACUCGGCCACUCUCUUUAUCUAUGCCCGCCCCAGCCGCAUAGAAGCCAUGGACCUCAACAAGGUGCUGUCGGUCACCUACACAGUGGUCACGCCCAUGUGCAAUCCGGUCAUCUACUGCCUUCGAAACAGGGAGGUCCAGGCCGCUUUCCGUAGAACUCUACGUGGGUCCUGUGGCUGA